CUUAGUUCUUACAUUGAAUUUCAAUGUAUAGUGGCGCCAAACUGUUUCAGAAUCAACGUUAGUUGACUGGAGACAUUGGCGGUGCGCAUGUAACCAAUACACAAUGUUUGUAUACGUUCACUUGCAAGAGAUGCAAGCCGUUAAUUAAGACUUUUUUAAAUAAAUCAGUAUUUUUUCCAUUUUAACCGUUACUUGGUGCUAUUCAUACCACAAAUUGGUCGUGUGCGUGUAACCAAUAUUGGAGUGUUCGUUUAUAUUGUCUUGCAAGCGUUAAUUAAGAAUUUUCUAAUAAAUCAGUAUUCUUUAUUGUAAUUGUUAAUAAUGUCUGUGGAUCAAAUAGAUACUGUAAAAUUUGAAGAAGGUGAAAGAGUAUUAUGUUUUCAUGGACCAUUGAUAUAUGAAGCCAAGUGUUUAAAGGUUCACAUCCCAAAAGAUAAACCUGUGAAGUAUCUAAUUCACUAUGCAGGAUGGAAUAAAAAUUGGGAUGAAUGGGUUCCAGAAAGUAGAGUUUUAAAAUAUAAUGACUCCAAUGUGCAGCGUCAGAAAGACGUCGAGAGAGCACACAUAGCACAAACUGCUUCAAAAAAGAAAAAACCUAGCACUGGUACCAAAACUACAUUGAAAAGUCAAAACAAAGAUAAAGACUCAGAGAGUAGAUCAAGUACUCCUACUCAAGCCUGUGAAAAAACUACAAUUAGAUAUCAAAAAAAUAGUGGCUCUGUUACACCUACAUCAAAUGAUUCUUCUUCCGAUGUUCCCAGAAAAAAACGCAAGAUCGAUCCUACUGUAGAAACUGAAGAACAGUUUAUAUCUAAAGUAGAAAUAAAAAUUAAAGUUCCUGACGAGUUGAAACCUUGGCUUGUAGAUGAUUGGGAUGCUAUAACUAGGCAAAAAAAACUUGUAAUUAUACCUGUGAGGCAUACAGUUUCUCAAAUUUUAGAUGAAUACACAAAGUUUAGAAAUUUGAGUAAAACAAAUAACACUUCCAAAACAGCUGCUACCGCAGAAUUAACAAAAGGUCUCAAGGAAUACUUCAAUGUAAUGCUUAGCUCUCAGUUAUUGUAUAGGUGGGAAAGGCAACAAUACUCAGAUAUUAUAAAUCAAAAUCCAGGUACUCAACCUUGUGAUAUAUACGGAGUCUUCCAUCUCUUGCGCUUGUUUGUGGUACUUGGUGGUAUGUUGGCAUACACACCGUUGGAUGAAAAAAGUGUUCAGUUGUUGGUUGCAAAUAUUCAUGAUUUUCUGAAGUUUUUGCAAAAAAAUAGUGAUCAAUAUUUUAGUUUGCAAGAUUAUGGGCCUGCCCCUCCAGAAUAUCACAGAAAAUGUGGAUAUAAUUAGUUUUUAUAAUCUAUGAAAAUCUUCAUAGUUUCAUCAAAAUUGUAUAAAAUCUAGUUAACUUACUUAUAAUAAAAUGUACAUCAUGUAACUUAAAUUACAUGUAAUAUAAAGUUUAUGUAAAUAAGUUGAAAUGCAUAUGUUUGAAUAAUAACACUGUUUUUCAUGUUA